CUCAGUCAAUAAACAAUGGCUUACUACAUCUCCAUUUCACACUCCAUCGACCAGCGGACUAUCCCUCAACGCAUUAUCCCUCCACUAACAGGACAUCGGUUAAAGGUUCCCUCGCCCUACGACACCAUGUCUUCUUCACGGACGAACUUCACUACCCUCCCCUUUGAGCUGCAGAUGCACAUCUUCCAUGAUUACUUCAAAGUCGACGGUGGAUAUGCUUUCAAUGGCGACUCUGAGAAGCUCACUACCGCCAACGGCAAGCCCAUCGACCUCGCCCUCAUGUAUACCUGCCGCUCGAUCGCCACCCAGACGAAGGGCAUGCCGCUCUCUCUCAACACCAUCCACUUCUCCACUGUGUACCGCCGAGACUGGACGCCGCUCGCUGGCUGCUUCAACUUCGUCACGGUUCUCUAUCCCUUGCUAGUUGCGGACAUGUUUCCCGACUUCGCGUCGGAAUUGCGACAAAAGCGACCUGCUGACUUCGCUCAGUUGAUCUUUGAGACUUUCCCGCACUGGAUAGGAACGCACCCGGCCCAUGAGUUUCUGGAGCUUGGCUUCAACCUCUGGGACAUACCUUCACGAUCAGAGUUAGCCCGUGUGACAAGCCGCCUUGACGUCGACUUUGUUUGGCAAAUGGUGGAUCAGUGGCACUACAAGCCACCGCACUGCCACGACCCAUCCAAUCCGUAUGAUCCAUUACACAAAGGGGCUCGAUGCCGGGAAAAGACUCGGUUUUCCGCAGCGGCUGUCUCCAUUCGGUUCCUCGGUCGACUCAAUCUCCAGCAGCGUCUCCAGAUUCGAAACGUUACAUUGCACGAAGACUUCGUGGCCGCGGGCGAUCCACCAUCUCACGCCCAGGGCUUAGCCCCGUUCUUCAUAGAGAAUUCACGACUCCGAGUUGAGCGCCGUGUUAGUGCGAUGCGGUGCAUUUCCGAAGAAGACCGACUUAUGUGCCGUCCACCAUAUAAGCUGGCAUGGUGGCUACAGGAACCAGGGCACCCCGAACACGCAGACUACCUCACUUUCCGCAAUUCGAUGCCUUCUCCCCGUUUUCCCAGAUGUCUAGCUCAGUGGCUACUUAAGGCCUUGGACGUUCCUGAGGCAGGCAUUCCCGCCGAGGCCUUCACCUUUGUCUUAGAAGGAGGACCCUAUAUUGACUUCUGCACCAACCUAUUUCAGCAAACCGUCCAUCGAGACAUUGCAUGGCAUAAGGCGUACCAGGCUUCCAUUCAGCGCGGUUUGUUUGUCCGUUGGCCACUUCUUCAAACUGGGUUGGUCGUAGAAGGCUUCGCAGAGGCAGUAGAGCAUUUGAAUAACCCAACUUCGUUCCUCCGCUCCGACUUCAAUACAGGUCAUCCAUGGGACUGGGAGAACUUGGUCGAGGAGAAAACAGGAGUCUCUCAAUACACAUGAGUCCGGUCUUUCUUUAUGCAGAUAGCUCUGCGCAUCGAUUUCCCCCCCGCGCUGGACUACGCAAGCAUCUUGGCUGACAACUACGAUAUCCAGAUGGAGAGCGAGUAUAGUCAACCGCACUGCUCCGGAGAAGGAUUCGAGGAGGUAGGUUAGUCAUCUCAACGACACAAAUAUUGUGAGACGGCGCGAAUUACGACGUCCUAGAGGAAGAGUUGAGUGUGGC